AUGGCCAUGCUUGCCAUAAAUCAGCGGCCGGAUCGAGGCAAGGUCUUUCUCCUGCAAAUCCGACACCACGAUUCGUACACCUCCCGGGUGGCCACGAUACCGGGCCCGGAGCUGCGGGUUAGCAACGGCCGGCCGCAGGAUGUGGACCCAGCCAGGAGGGAGCUCUACCUGUCGGACGAGGAGUUCCAGGCCGUCUUCGGCAUGGCCGUGGCCGACUUCCUCAAGCAGCCGAAGUGGAAGCAGCAGAAUGCGAAGAAGGCCAAAGACCUCUUCUGA